UGGCUGACUGCCUGGAAGGGGCUCGAGGGAGGAAGAGGGGACCCGAGGUGGGAGACCCGACAAAACCCAUCCAGCAGUCCUCACCACAUUUCUGCUGUGGGCACCUUUAUCCUCCUAAAUCCAUUUCCUGGAGCUCUCCAGUGUUGCCUCCUCACGGGCAGUGCCCCCUCCUCGCUGCACCUGCCGCAUGACUCAACCCCCUGUAAUCCCACUGUCUCCAUUGCGUCAUAUCUGAUGUGAUGAUUUUAAGGCUUCUAAUAGUGUGUCCCGGCAUGGAUAUUCGGAACAACCUCACGAGACUUCACGAGCUGGCAAACUGCUCUGUCAUUGAAGGACAUUUGCAGAUACUGUUGAUGUUCAAAACAAAGCCCGAGGAUUUCCGAGACCUCAGUUUCCCCAAACUCAUCAUGAUCACUGAUUACCUGCUGCUCUUCCGGGUCUAUGGGCUGGAGAGCCUGAAGGACCUGUUCCCGAACCUCACUGUCAUCCGGGGCUCGCGCCUCUUCUUCAACUACGCGCUGGUCGUCUUCGAGAUGGUCCACCUCAAGGAGCUUGGCCUGUACAACCUCAUGAACAUCACCCGGGGCUCCGUCCGAAUAGAGAAGAACAAUGAGCUCUGCUACCUGGCCACCAUCGACUGGUCCCGCAUCCUGGACUCCGUGGAGGAUAAUUACAUUGUGCUCAACAAAGACGACAACGAGGAGUGUGGCGACAUCUGCCCAGGCACUGCGAAGGGCAAGACCAACUGCCCUGCCACCGUCAUCAACGGGCAGUUCGUGGAGCGGUGCUGGACACACAGCCAUUGCCAGAAAGUGUGCCCGACCAUCUGCAAGUCUCAGGGCUGCACGGCCGAGGGGCUCUGCUGUCACAGCGAGUGCCUGGGCAACUGCUCCGAGCCCGACGACCCCACCAAGUGCGUGGCCUGCCGCAACUUCUACCUGGACGGCAGGUGCGUGGAGACCUGCCCGCCUCCCUACUACCACUUCCAGGACUGGCGCUGCGUGAACUUCAGCUUCUGCCAGGACCUGCACAACAAGUGCAAGAACUCACGGCGGCCGGGCUGCCACCAGUAUGUGGUGCAUGACAACAAGUGCGUCCCCGAGUGUCCCUCCGGAUACACCAUGAAUUCCAGCAACCUGAUGUGCACCCCAUGCCUGGGCCCCUGCCCCAAAGUCUGCCACAUCCUGGAGGGUGAGAAGACCAUCGACUCGGUGACCUCUGCCCAGGAGCUGCGUGGCUGCACUGUCAUCAACGGGAGCCUCAUCAUCAAUAUCCGGGGGGGCAACAACCUGGCGGCUGAGCUGGAGGCCAACCUUGGCCUCAUUGAAGAAAUUUCAGGGUAUCUAAAAAUCCGCCGGUCCUACGCCCUGGUGUCGCUUUCCUUCUUCCGGAAGUUACGCCUGAUUCGAGGAGAGACCUUGGAGAUCGGGAACUACUCUUUCUAUGCUCUGGACAACCAGAAUCUAAGGCAGCUGUGGGACUGGAGCAAGCACAACCUCACUAUCACUCAGGGGAAACUCUUCUUCCACUAUAAUCCCAAGCUCUGCUUGUCGGAAAUACAUAAGAUGGAAAAAAUUUCGGGAACCAAGGGGCGCCAGGAGAGGAACGACAUCGCCCUGAAGACCAACGGGGACCAGGCAUCCUGUGAAAAUGAGUUACUGAAAUUUUCUUACAUCCGGACGUCUUUCGACAAGAUCUUGCUGAAGUGGGAGCCAUACUGGCCCCCUGACUUUCGAGACCUCCUGGGGUUCAUGCUCUUCUAUAAAGAGGCCCCCUACCAGAAUGUGACGGAGUUCGACGGGCAGGACGCCUGCGGCUCCAACAGCUGGACGGUGGUGGACAUCGACCCGCCUCUGAGGUCCAAUGACCCCAAGUCGCAGAACCAGCCUGGGUGGCUGAUGCGGGGCCUCAAGCCCUGGACUCAGUACGCCAUCUUCGUCAAGACCUUGGUCACCUUUUCUGACGAACGCCGAACAUACGGUGCCAAGAGCGACAUCAUCUAUGUGCAGACAGAAGCCACCAACCCUUCCGUGCCGUUGGACCCCAUCUCUGUCUCCAAUUCCUCAUCCCAGAUCAUUCUGAAGUGGAAGCCUCCCUCUGACCCCAACGGCAACAUCACGCACUACCUGGUGUUCUGGGAGAGGCAGGCAGAGGACAGCGAGCUGUUCGAGCUGGACUACUGCCUCAAAGGGCUGAAGCUGCCCUCCAGGACCUGGUCUCCCCCAUUCGAGUCCGAGGGUGCCCAGAAGCACAACCAGAGCGAGUACGAGGAGGCGGCCGGUGAGUGCUGCUCCUGCCCCAAGACCGACUCCCAGAUCCUGAAGGAGCUGGAGGAAUCCUCGUUCAGGAAGACCUUCGAGGACUACCUGCACAACGUGGUCUUCGUCCCCAGACCGUCCAGGAAGCGCCGGGCCCUCAGUGAGGUCGCCAACGCCACGGCAGCCGUGCCCACGGCCCCCGGCUUCCCCAACACCUCUUCCACCAGCGCGCCCACCAGCUCCGAGGAGCACAGGCCAUUUGAGAAGGUGGUGAACAAGGAGUCCCUGGUCAUCUCCGGCCUGCGCCACUUCACAGGGUACCGCAUCGAGCUGCAGGCCUGCAACAAGGACGCCCCCGAAGAGCGGUGCAGCGUGGCGGCCUAUGUCAGUGCCAGGACCAUGCCCGAAGCCAAGGCAGAUGAUAUCGUCGGCCCAGUGACCCACGAGAUCUUCGAGAAUAAUGUAGUUCACUUGAUGUGGCAGGAGCCAAAGGAGCCCAACGGGCUGAUCGUGCUGUACGAAGUGAGUUAUCGGCGCUAUGGCGAUGAGGAACUGCACCUCUGUGUCUCCCGCAGGCACUUUGCUCUGGAGCGGGGGUGCAGGCUGCGCGGGCUGCCCCCCGGCAACUACAGCGUGCGGGUCCGGGCCACCUCUCUGGCGGGCAACGGCUCCUGGACAGAAGCCACCCACUUUUAUGUGGCGGACUAUUUAGAUGUCCCGUCCAAUAUUGCAAAAAUUAUCAUCGGCCCCCUCAUCUUUGUGUUUCUCUUCAGUCUUGUGAUUGGAAGCAUUUAUCUGUUCCUGAGGAAGAGGCAGCCGGAUGGGCCGCUGGGACCCCUGUAUGCGUCUUCAAACCCCGAGUACCUCAGUGCCAGCGAUGUGUUCCCGUGUUCUGUGUAUGUGCCGGACGAGUGGGAGGUGCCGCGGGAGAAGAUCGCGCUGCUGCGGGAGCUGGGCCAGGGCUCCUUCGGCAUGGUGUACGAGGGCAACGCCAGGGACAUCAUUAAGGGCGAGGCGGAGACGCGCGUGGCGGUGAAGACGGUCAACGAGUCCGCCAGUCUUCGGGAGCGGAUCGAGUUCCUCAACGAGGCCUCGGUCAUGAAGGGCUUCACCUGCCACCACGUGGUGCGCCUCCUGGGGGUGGUGUCCAAAGGCCAGCCGACCUUGGUGGUGAUGGAGCUGAUGGCGCACGGGGACCUGAAGAGCUACCUGCGUUCCCUGCGGCCGGAGGCUGAGAAUAACCCCGGCCGCCCCCCGCCCACCCUGCAAGAGAUGAUCCAGAUGGCAGCGGAGAUCGCAGAUGGAAUGGCCUACCUGAACGCCAAGAAGUUCGUGCACCGCGACCUCGCAGCGCGGAACUGCAUGGUCGCCCAUGACUUCACCGUCAAAAUCGGAGACUUUGGAAUGACCAGAGACAUCUACGAAACGGAUUACUACCGGAAAGGGGGCAAGGGCCUGCUCCCCGUGCGCUGGAUGGCACCGGAAUCCCUGAAAGAUGGGGUUUUUACCACUUCUUCCGACAUGUGGUCCUUUGGCGUGGUCCUUUGGGAAAUCACCAGCUUGGCAGAACAACCUUACCAAGGCCUGUCUAAUGAGCAGGUGUUGAAGUUUGUCAUGGAUGGAGGGUUUCUGGAUCAACCCGACAAUUGUCCAGAGAGAGUCACCGACCUGAUGCGCAUGUGCUGGCAGUUCAACCCAAAGAUGCGGCCGACCUUCCUGGAGAUCGUGGACCUGCUCAAGGACGACCUGCACCCCAGCUUCCCGGAAGUUUCUUUCUUCCACAGCGAGGAGAACAAGGCGCCCGAGAGCGAGGAACUGGAGAUGGAGUUUGAGGACAUGGAGAGUGUCCCCCUGGACCGCUCCUCGCACUCCCAGAGAGAGGAGGCCGGGGGCCGGGACGGCGGGUCCGCGCUGGGCCUCAAGCGGAACUACGAGGAGCACAUCCCCUACACCCACAUGAACGGGGGCAAGAAGAACGGCCGGAUUCUGACUCUGCCUCGGUCCAGUCCUUCCUAACGGUGCCUGUGGGGGGCUGGGUUCCUGUCUUCACUUUCCUCUGGAUUCGAAGGCCUCUAGAAAACUCAGGAUUCCCACACGACUCUGCCACAGUGUCAGACGGAGCUCAGAGAUCAUUACAUUUCUGUUCCUCUUACGACUGAAAACAUUGAUUGCCAGCCUGACCAGUCGUCAGAGUAUUUAACUGUGAACACAGGGGAGGGGUUUCCACAGCUGCUGUCCUUUCGGCCGUCUGGUGUCAAGCCAGGAUGCUCUUUUAUUUUUUUCCUAGUAGAUUGAAAGAAAGCGCCUGUUUUUACAAAGAUUUGUGUGCGUGUGUGCUGGUGUCUGAGCUACAGUGUAGAGCUUGUUUGUGGAACAAAUAUUUGAAAGAAAAAAAAAAAUGCCCCCGUGGAAACCCAGGCUUGAGGGGAUGAGCUGCCGGCGAGUCCCUCUCAAACAGGCUGAAGGAUUUUUUUUCCCUUCACAAAAUCAGUUCCUCAAAUUGACCAAUAGCUGCUGCUUUCAUACUUUUGAUAAGGAUUGCAGUCCCAGCACGCCACUCACGAGUGUGUGUCUAGGCGAGACACGGCUGGUGGUGUGUGUGCGGGCGUGUGUGGGGUGCGCACAGACACGCACCUGCUUGCGCAGCAUUCGUGCUGGGUGGACACGAAGGAGCUCCUGAUCCCCCCGUUUCUCCUUCCUCCUCAUCUGCUGGGAGACUUUACCCUCAACAUAUCCUUGUGUCCCACGUCUAGCCUCAGGAGUCUUUUCUCCCUUAACUUGGGUGAAAAAUGUUUUUCGGGAGCUGAGGAGUAAGUAGCGUUUAGUUUGGGGUGAUAGUGGGUCUUUUAAAGACCAAACAAAGCCAGGACAGAAAAAAAGGACAGGAAAAAGAAAGUACAGAGGUGACAGAGUUUUGAGAAUAUAUUUGUGACAUAUUUAAUUUUUUAAAAGUCUCCAGUGUCAACCUCGUAAGUUAUUGACAGUUUCCUGGGACUGGGGGGAGAGGGUCUUGGGAUGGGGAGUGGGAGGAGACACGGUGACCUCUUUGUUUGGUCUUAAAAGCAUCCCUCUUUCUGGGAAUAAAGCCACGUUAGCUGCUAACUCUGACGGACGUUGUAGGCCAUGCUGAGGGCGGGGGUGCGGGGCUUGGUGGAUGGUUUGGCUUCUGCUUGGAUGAGCUGGCAGCAGCCUACAGGUGAGUCCGGCCAGACCCAGUGUGGCUCGGAGCUUCUGUCCCCUGUGUGUGCCUUGCUCGCUUCCUCAGCUGGGUGUGCAACGCCUACAGCUUUUGGGCAAACCACAGAGUCAGAUGAAGAGGGACGGACUUCAGAACACUAAGCAAUAUAUGCAGAUGCUGGGCCCCCAGGCGACCCACCAGCCUCAGAACCGGCCUCCCAGAAGCUGCUCUGCGCCAGCGACCUGAGCUGUGUCAGGUGUGGGGCUGGAGAAGAACCCUCAGGUGCUGACGACGUCGCGAUUCCUAAGAGAGUAGAGUCUGGAGGAGAAACCGCUAAGGACCUUCACGCACCGGGACUUCCCUAACGCGUGAAUCCACCGUUUCUUCCCUUUCGGGGGGGAAACCACAGCUGCUCAAAUAAAGGACACAGUGAAGUCAUUACUUGGGUUCAUCCACAUCAUCCUCCACAGGUUAUUCCUGCGUGCAUUUUCGCUCAAGCUUUUGAUUGUUUCCUUCUCUGAAGAGCUGUGGGCUUGAGAACAGGACAGAGGCAAUGGUGACCUCAGCUUCCUCACUUCUUAAGCACACAGGUAGACACGAAUCCCAGUUGCCUACUGCGAUUUUAUUUAUAUGAUUUGAGAAAUUAUAGCAUGUAAAAUAUUUCUGGGGCGCCUCAGUGAUUGGGUACAAGAAGCAAGUAUACAGAAGUUAUUUUCGCCAAAUUUGUUUUGUACAUAUUAGAGGGUCUGGAUGUCAAUUAGAAAAACGUAGAUCUAGGUAUUUUGUUGUUUCCGUAGUCAAUUUGUAGUGGCUGUGUGCCACAGUAGCAGCAGUUUUCACAUUUUUCUAAUUAAGAAAGGUUUUCUUAUAUUAGGGGAAAUUAUUUAUUUUAAUAUAUAAAAAUCACUGUAAAAAUCACUUUCAUAAAAAAAAAAAAAAUGGAGCGCAUGUAAAUUUUUAUCCAAGAAAAAUAAACAGGUGAAUGUGGGGUAAUGAUUUUCUUUCCAGCACAGUCUACCUCAGUGUAUCAUUAGGAUGUGGUUUAACAAUGGACAUCUUUGAGACUUUCGAAUCCUGCCUGGAUCUCAUCUGAAUCGGGGAAAUCUAUAUUAGCUGAUUCUGGAAUGCCAGAGACUAGGAAGAAUCUCGAGGGAGGGAGUUUAGAUAGACAAAGUGUGGUUUUUGUGUGAGCACAGAUCCUUUUCCUGGCCGAGAAAAUUCUUCUCUGAAUUUAACUUCCUUUAUUUUAAUCCAUCAGUUGACACCAAGCUCCCCAGACAAGCCCUCAUCAAACAAGGCAUUAGCGUGCCUGUGAUGUGUGAGGCCCCAGGCCUCAGCCUCCUGCCUUUAUUGGGGAGCAGAUGUCUUUACUGGGGUAAAGACAGUCUCCAGUUCAGGGCCAGCACCCCACUGUCCCACUGUGUUCCCCCAAGUGGGCACCCCCAAGCCCUGGGCUCUCUCUGUGCCUUCUUCCCUCUCCUUUCAGGUUGAGAUCCGUUUUGGGGUGAAAAACAUCACACUCGUGGCACUCCACACACAAACACCCAAUACAGUGUCUCCUUUUAUUUUCCAAAAAGGGGGGGGGGAGCAUGUUGAGAAAUUCUGAUCCCAAACCCACCAGCAUGCCCGAUACAGUUAUCAGAACCAUGUCCCUCUGUUUUGGGGUCUGGUUGAUUGCAAGCCAAUCCCUUCUGGCCUGGUGGGCCCUUGAGACCUUGUGUGCAGACCCGGGCAGAGCCUUGUAGUCAAGGCUUCGCCGCGUUCAGCGGCCUUGGUUGCUGCAGUAAAGCAAGCAGCGUUGGGUCACAGUUCUGCCUCCUUCCGCAGCAGAUAUUGUUGACUACCACCAGAAUGUUCUGGAAAGGCCUGGCUGUCCAGGGGAUUUGUUGUGAUGAGUUACAAAAAAAAAAGCCGGCUUGAGUACUUGUGUGUGACGCUGUCUCACUGUCACGAAACCCUUUUCCUUGAUGUGGCUUUGGGUGGUGUUUG